GAGCACGAGAGCUCAGGGCCGUCCAAGUCUCCCCUCAGGAUGAAGCGAGUCUAACGCCGUACAUGUCAUUCACCCGAGCCAGACGCGUCUGCAGGUCUCUUUUACUCCGUACGUUUGCAAAGACUUUUUCGGUUAUGGAGGACGACUGUGUCUGCGAGUACGACUCGACGUGGGACACCGAGAGUGAUGGAGAGGACCCGGUUGGAGAGAGCCUCCCCCGGCGGUCAAACCAAGACAAAAACAAGUCAUCCUGGACACUAGUCAACUGGCACCCCACUCCCCGGAACAUGAGAGCAGCAAAGGACAUGCAAAACUACAGAAGAGGAUAUCCAAACUUGGCAGAUGACGAUUGCCCCGAGGAUAAAAUGAACAAUCUGCAAUUUUAUUUGAAUAAAUCCCCAUCAGCUCCAGAUGAUGUCUACAUUGAUUCAUUUCUGAAGGAAUGGAAAAAUGAUUACAAGAGACUGGAGAGAGUUCAUUCAUAUAUUCAGUGGCUUUUCCCUUUGAGAGAACCAGGAGUCAAUUACAUGGCUUCUGAGCUUACCAGGAAGGAGAUAGAGGCCUUCAAGAAGAGUGUGGACGCCAAAAAGAGACUUGUUGAAUCCUAUGAACUUAUGCUGGGGUUUUAUGGUAUCCGCUUGGUCGACAAAGACACAGGUGAAGUGAAGCGAGCAGAGAACUGGAAGGAACGCUUUGGAAAUCUUGAGCGGAAUAUGCACAACAAUCUGCGUAUCACCCGUAUUCUGAAGAGCCUGGGAGAGCUCGGCUUUGAGCACUAUCAGGCCCCACUUGUGCGCUUCUUUCUGGAGGAGACUCUGGUGAAGAAGACUCUGAGCAGUGUCAAAAGAAGUGUGCUGGACUACUUCCUGUUUGCUGUACUGGACAAGCAGAAACGCCAAGAGUUAGUGCGUUAUGCCUAUCUUCACUUCGAGCCAAAGGAUAAAUUUGUGUGGUGUCCCAGGAAAAUUCAGAGACAAUUCCGAAAAGCUGAGAAGCGGUCAGAUGUCGUUGGGAAUGGUGAAGGGAAAGACGAUUCACGAGCUAGGGGUAAAGAUAUGGACACAAAAGAAGAUGUGGAUAAUAAGAUAAAGUCUCCAAAAGUUGAUAAAACAAGUAAUGACAAAAUAAAAUCUGAAACAUCUCCUGACCCAAAAGAUGAAGUUGCUGAAAAUGGUAAUGCUUGCGGUGAAAAUAACAACAACAUCGUAAGCAACGGAAGUGACUGCACGGAUGAUGAAGGAAUGGAGCACUCGCCCAGCGCUGAAAAUGAAGACGCUAAAACUGAAACCAGCUCAGACCAGAAGGACAGUACCCAGGAAGCAGACGGUGUUAUGCAAACAGACAGCGAGAUCAAAAAAACACCAAAGAAAAAGAGAGAAGAUGAUGCAGACUCUGAUGGGGAUCAUGGUUCACCUCAGAAAGAAGUUAAAAAUGGUUGUAAUAAAUCGGCUGGUCAACAAACGCCACUCAAGACCCCCAAAGCCUCUCUUUUGUCAGGAAGAGAGGAAAAAAUCCCACGGACUGAGUAUAAUCCGACAACAGACAAGGAUGAAGUAGUGGAGAUGUCGCAAGAAACUGUGCCGGCUGUAAAUGGGUCAACAGAAAGCAGUGGCGACAAAACAGCGGAAGAGCAGAUAAACGGGAAAGAAUCUGAGCCAAUGGAUACUGAUUCAAGCCCUUCUAAUGGGCACAACACAUCUGCAGACUUAGUAAUCAAUAGCAAGGAAGCCGUCAACGGAACGAAUAAGUGAAUAGUGAAAGGACAGACUUUGAAAGACCUUUUGGCCUUAUCUCUGCUUAGAUAUUUAUACAUUUUUCACUUUAAAAGGACUAUGAAAUUGAACUAAUUUUCUCAAGGGCCAAUCAGAUCCGAUUUACGUUAAGUUCUCAAUAAUGUAUACUUGAUAGCGUUUUUAACUUUACUACUCUUUGCACUUCGAAUACAUUUAGAAGAGUUACAUUCUUUACUGUAAGAAAAUAGUCUGACUGCAUUUCUGCUAGACACAAUGUUAUGAACUAAAGACUGAAUGUCAUGAUUUAAGCUAUAUUUAAGUAGGUAAGUAUUGUUGCACAAUAUGUUCCAUUACAGAUUGGGGAAAUUUUAUCUGUUAAAAUUGUGCCAAAAAUGUCACAAGACUGGUUGAUUGUAAAAUAUAUAGGUACAGUAUAUGUCUUUUAAGCAGAACUGAAAAGACUUGGCUGACAUUUAUGAUCUGCUGUAUAUUGAGAUGAGAAUAGCUAAAGAAUUUUAAUCCAGGGCAAUGAUUUUGGUCUUGAAAUUUCAUGAUGCAUUUUUGUAACUGCACUUAUUUUUUCCAUGUUGUAAGCUGUAGUAUUUAAAUAAUGAAAUGUUAAUAACUUUACAAAAAUGCUGAAUUCUUUAUAAAUGAAACUUUCUUGGCUGAACAUCUGGCUAUUGAUC